AUGAGGAACAAGCUCUGUUUCUGGGUCGCUCAGGUAUCUUCUGAUGUAGUUGUAGCUCCAACUAGUCAGAUUGGUUCCCAGGGUCUGGUCAUCGGAUGGCUCAUCCGUGAAUACCUCGCGAGGAAAAUCUAUCAUGUCAGUGACGUUUCUCAGCGUCACGUUGGAAACCAGCUCCAAUUUUUCAGAAAAGUCGCAAAUGACAAUCUCGAACCCGAUUUCCAGUCGAACAAGUCCAUCCAGACCACCGUGCUUUCUUCCCCAUUCACAGAUCUUGUCGGACCCGAUUCUCUCAUCAAAGUCGUCGUAGUUCUCGAUCUGCGACAAAAUGUACUGAGUAUCCAUUUCUCCAGUGGUUGUUUUGGAAGCAGAGGCUCCGCCAAGCAGAAUCAGCUUAUCCAAAGGCUUGGUGACCUGGAACGUCAAGAGCGUGCUUGGGCCGCUGAAGUCCAUAUGUGGGUGUCCAUGGGGCUUUUUGAAGCCGUCGUCCGAAGCCUUUGGUGGUUUAGGAGAAGCUCCUGGACUGCCAGGAAACCCGUUGUUGGGCUUGCCUCUGUCGAAAUGCGCAAAAUUGUAGCUGAACUCGUAGUCCAUGGCCACCCAUUCGUACGUGGUGGGAACCUUACCGUUGUGGUUCGAAUGAUACAGCAAUGUUCCUUCAGGAAUAAAAAAAGCAAGAAGUGUGUCGCGGAUGGAUCUACCUUGAUUCUAAAAAUAGGUGACCGUGUACGGCGUGUUAGCUGGAAUAACAAAGGUGGGUUUGCCCCAACAAGAGCCGCCCAAAUACGAUUCGCCCAUCCAUGCGGUUUUGCACUGAUUGCCCCGAUCGCACGACCCAGUUCUCUGCAUUUGCAUCGCACGGUUGGCGAUUCUGAAGAAUUUUCAAACGUGCUGACAGUGUACUAUAUUCUGCUUUUGCUCUCUGCAGUGGCUUACGCCGCAGAUCCGGCCACCACCACGGGGACGACGGCCGCUGCGAACGCAGCCACGACGGCCACGGCUAACACCGCCACGGCAGCCACUGCAACUGACAACACAGCGACCGCAGCCACUGCGACCGACAAUACGGCGACUGCAGCUACUGCUACUGAUAACACUGCGACCGCAGCUACAACAAACACAGCAGCUACAACCACUGGUAAUGCGGCUACCACGGCUACUACCCCUACAACCACCGCAGCAGCAGCAGCAGCAGCAGCUGCCGCAACAACCACAGGCACAACUGGAACUGGAACUGGAACCACGGGAACUGGAACUAACACCGGAACGACGGGCACUGGUACUACGGGAACCGGUACCACUGCCACCACGGGAACUGGUACCACUGCCACCACAGGGAAGGGCACUACUACACCAGCUAACGCAGCUACGACUGCAGGAGCAACGACCGCAACAGGAAAGACAACGGCAAUCACCACGGGCGCAGGAGACACAACAGACAUAGCAAAUGCUCAAACAACGGCUACUGCACCAUCGAGUUCAACAGAGUUGACCACAGAAUCCACCGGAGGAACUGAUACCACUGCCACGGGAACAUCGACCGUUUCACCAACCAUCGCAUGGCGUACCACCACGUUGAAUGGAGCACCAACGACAUACUCCAUCACUUAUACACAACGUUUCGCACAGAUGUACUCUACUAUUGCAUCCCCAUCGUCGGGAACUAUUGGACUCGGGUCCCUGGCAACUUCCGGCCAAACAGUGGGAACCAUCAAACAAUACCGGACCGUUACUAUUUCGUCAUCUAGCAAAUGA